AUGAUGGAGACAGCUGAAGAAGAGCACGAACAAGAUGUUGUUACCUCAAGUUUAUCACCUAAUUCUGUUGUUGACAGUCUCGAUAAAUUUCUUAAAAAGCCUGAAGAUGAACGAGUUUUAACAUUUGAAUUAGAACAAAUUCUUACUGAAAUUGCUAAAACUGGUUAUUCAAGUCAUCCAUGGGAAAAGAUAAAACCAUUAUAUCUAAAAAAAUUAAGUGUUGUUCUUAAUGAAUUUAAUACAGAAUCUAAUAUGGACAAGUUAGAUACGCAUCCAAACGUUGAUCAAUCGACAUUUGAAGAAUUAAAAAGUGAUAUAAUUGAAAGGAUUAAUUCAUUUGAAAAUGCACCAUUUACUAUUCAGCGAUUAUGUGAAUUAAUACUUUCACCAAGAGCUAAUUAUCGAAGAACAGAUAAAUUUAUACGUGGUUUAACUAAAUGUGUUUCGGUGGUAACAACAAUUGACAAUGAAGGAAACAAAAUUUAUGUUGAAACAACUCGAAAUGGUUUUACAUCAUCAGCAAUGGCGGACAGCUCUGAAACAUCUUCAAAUUCUCAAAUAACGAAUGGCUUCGCAAUUCCACAUACUGUAAAUGAUAAUGAUUCCAUUGUAAUCGAAAGUCAAGAAAGUCAAGCCGGUUCAGCAAUAAAUACUCAAUUAGAUGAUGAAAUGGAACAGGAUAAUAAUGAUAAUGAACAAGAUGAAGCUGAGACUGAAGAAGAUGAAGAUGAAGAAGAUAAGCCAUCAUUAUCAUCGUCGCCACCAACAAAUCUUACGGAUGAGAAUAGUAGUUCAAGCAAUAGCAAUUCAACACCAUUGCCAUCAUCGUCAACAGAAGAUAUGCUUGAACAAUAA